UUGAUUGUAGUUAUGGGAGGAAAGGAAGGCGAGAAAACAACAAAAAAAAAGAGAAACGAGAAACAACAAAAAAAGCCAAAACAAUGGAAUAUGUAAACAAUGAGAUCGAUCAUUUGAAUGUAAAAAAAGGGUUACAAAUGUUCACUAUCAUCAUCAUAAUAAUCAUUCUCAUCAGCAUCACUUUAAUACAAUAAAAUUCAGUUAUCAUCUUCAACCGGAUUAAUGAGAUUCAAGGAACAAGAAGAAGAGAGAAGAAGAGAAAAAUUAAAAGAAUUUGUUUCAUCACACAGAUUGAUGAAUCAAAUUGAGAGAUAAAAACGGAAGAGAGAAAGAGAAAGAGAAAGAGAGUCAGAAGAUGAAAGAGAUUUCUUGUGAAUAAUAAGAGACUGAAAAAGUAAAGAGGAAGAAAUGUAGACAGAGAUAGACAGAGAUUCAGAGAAGGUGAGAAAUGAAUAAUAAGUUGAGAUCGCGCAGAGACUGAGAUGAGGAUAGAUGAGUGAGUAAGUGGGACGAUGAAAUGAUAGUGAUGCAGAAAGAAACAGGGAGAAAGAAAAAUAGAGAGAAGGAGAGAUGACGAUAAAUUUUAGUGAGGCCUUAGGCUGAGUGAAGUUGAAAUCUUCUCUCUUCCUUGUCAUUCAUUCAACUGUUUGUUGGUGAAGUUGUUUUCUUCUUUUUAGUUGCUUUUACAGAUUUUUUAGUUCUUUUUUUUAUUUAUAUUAACAUCACCAUCAUCACCAUCACCAUAACCAUCGUCAACAUCAUCAUCAUCAUCAUAAUCAUCAGCAACAGCAACAACAUCAACAGUAACAAAACCAACGAUCACAAUAACAAAAUCAUCAUUAACAUCUUUUCGACGUUUUUUUUCUCUCUCUCCAAACUUUAACAGUGUGUUUCUCUGCCUUAUUCCCAGUUUCUGUUCCUCUGUUUUUUUCCCUUGUGUUAUCAUUCUUAAAUUUGGUAAUUUCUCAGUUCCUUUGCUUAUUUUUUUCUCUCCUCAGUUCAUCAUUUUGACGUAUACACCAUAUAUUCAGCUUCUGCUUUUUUCUGCCUCUUAAACUGUUGCUUGAAAGUUUGUGGUUUGAUUCACAUGUCAAACGGUUUUCCUCUUUUUACCACCUUACCAGCUAUCUUUGAACAUCAGUCAUAAAACCCUUUGCUUCAUUUUCUCCUUUUUUUCAAAUAAACCGUUCUGUCAUCCAAUUUAACAGCAAAUUUUUAACCGAACACACACAUUUAUUCUGCCUUUGACACCAUUACCAUCAACAAUAUCAACAUUUUUAAUCACUGUUUCUGAGAAAAAAAUGUUUCUGUGCUAAAGUGAAAAUCACGCUAAAAGAUCAUUCUUACUCAACUCUGCGAUAAUAUUGAUUAUCAAAUUGCAUAAGCUUUUUAUUGAAUGAUCAGUAAUCAGUGAUUCCAUACAUGCUUCCCUUUUUUUCUGCCAGUUUAAUACAUCUUGUUUUAUCAUUAAAACCAUCAACGAAAGAUACAACAAAUUGAUAUUUUUCAAAACCUACCAAUUGUCUAGCCUGAUUAGCAAUAGAUGGCUCUAAUUUUAAUCAAUUGAGUGAAGCCACUUGAUUCUCUCAUUCAAACUGUUCAAUUGGAUCAACAAGUAUCAUCAAUAUUACAAGUUUUUAAUCAUUUUUACACAAUAAACAUGCUUUCCAGUGGAUUACAACCGGUGGUUCGUAAAGGUGCCCUAAAAAAGAAAAAUGUUGUUGAUGUGAAAGGUCACAAAUUUGUACCGCGAUUUUUUAAACAGCCAACAUUUUGUUGCCAUUGUAAAGAGUUUAUCUGGGGAAUUGGUAAACAAGGUUUCCAAUGUCAAAUAUGUGCACUGGUUGUUCAUAAAAGGUGCCAUUCUUUUGUAUCCUUCAGCUGUCCUGGUGCUGAUAACAAGUUUGAUACAGAUGAACGUCGUCAACACAAAUUUAGCGUUCACACAUAUACAAGUCCAACAUUUUGUGACCAAUGUGGAUCACUCUUGUAUGGCAUAAUUCAUCAAGGACUACGAUGUACAGCCUGUGAUAUGAAUGUUCACAAACGAUGCAAGAUAAAUGUUCCCAACCUGUGUGGAUGUGAUCAUACAGAAAGACGAGGUCGAAUUGAGCUAAAAGUUUACUGUGUACCAAAGACGAGUUUACCUGCUGAAUCUAGAUUCCCUACAAGCCAUAAUUCAUCAAUCAUCUCAAUAGCCUCGUCAGCCUCAACCCAAUCAUCAGCUUCAACAGGAUCAUCGUCUUCAACAGCACCACUUUUACCCAAGCCCGCUGUAACCAUUACUACAACAAACUCAACUCCAGUUGUAACCACUUCUACCCCGAUAACAACCACAACAAGCACUACAACACUGUCAACAACUUCUACUACGUCAACGAUAAGUACCAGCAGUUCAACAACAACAACAACAACAUCAUCAUUAACAUCAUCCUCUUCAGGCACGAUUUCCUCUUCUAACAAUUCUUCUUUAAGCGCCACUUUUAAUGGUAUCAAUUAUGAUAUUGAUGCAUUAACCUUAGUCUGUGAAAUAAGCCAAGCCGCUAACCUGAUUCCAAUGGACCCUAAUGGCCUGUCUGACCCUUACGUUAAAUGUAAACUGAUCCCAGAAGGAAAAGAUGGAGUAAAAAGAAAGACUCGCACCAUCAAAGGUUCCCUCAAUCCUUUAUGGAAUGAAAAGUUAUAUUUUGAUUUGAAAAAAGAUGAUAAAGAUCGCCGUUUAUAUAUUGGUGUAUGGGACUGGGAUCGUACCUCGCGAAAUGAUUUCAUAGGCUCUCUGUCUUUUGGUAUUUCCGAAAUAAUCAAAAAACCUGUUGAAGGCUGGUUCAAAUUAUUAACCGAGGAAGAAGGGGAAUUUUACAAUGUAAUGAUUCCUCCAGCUGAUCAAGAAUUAGUUGAAAGUUAUAAUCGAGCUUUAAACUUAAACAAACGUCAUCCUUCUACAACCAAUAUAUCAGCAGAAGGCUUGUCAACCUUAAAAAAUUUAACAACAACCAGUGUUGAUGGUAAAAAACCAAUUAGUGCCAAUGAUUUUAACUUCCUUAUGGUUCUAGGUAAAGGCUCCUUUGGUAAAGUAAUGUUAGCUGAAAAGAAAGAAUCUCCCGAUGAAUUGUAUGCCAUCAAGAUUUUGAAAAAAGAUGUACUCAUUCAAGACGAUGAUGCUGAGUGUGCACUUAUCGAGAAACGUGUUCUUGCUUUAGGUGAGAAACCACCAUUCCUGGUUAAAUUACAUUCCUGUUUUCAAACGCUUGAUCGCCUCUAUUUUGUCAUGGAAUAUGUUAAUGGUGGUGAUUUAAUGUUUCAAAUACAACAAUGUGGUAAAUUUAAAGAACCUGUUGCCGUUUUUUAUGCUGCUGAAAUAGCCAUUGGAUUAUUUUUCCUUCAUGAACGAGGUAUUAUCUAUCGAGAUCUUAAAUUGGAUAAUAUACUGCUUGAUGCUGAGGGUCACAUCAAGAUUGCCGAUUUUGGUAUGUGCAAAGAUGGAAUUGAUGAAAAAAAGACUACUCGAACUUUUUGUGGUACACCAGAUUAUAUUGCACCAGAGAUUAUUUUAUAUCAACCUUACGGUAAAUCAGUUGAUUGGUGGGCAUAUGGUGUUUUAUUAUAUGAAAUGUUGGUUGGUCAACCACCCUUUGACGGAGAAGAUGAAGAAGAUUUGUUUACUUCAAUCACCGAGCAAAGUGUCUCCUAUCCAAAGUCAAUCUCAAAGGAAGCCAAAGAAGCGUGUAAAGGUUUUCUCACCAAAAAUCCAACCAAAAGACUUGGAUGUAGCUCCAAUGGAGAGUUUGAAGUUCGUGGUCAUCCAUUUUUCCGUCGUAUUGACUGGGCUAAAGUUGAAGCUCGAGAAAUUCAACCUCCUUUUAUACCUAAAGUGCGCAAUCCGCGAGCAGCGGAAAACUUUGAUCCCAUCUUUACAAAUGCAAAGCCUACUUUAACACCUUCUGAUCCUUCAAUCAUUAACAUUAUGAGUGGAAAUGAAUUUGAAGGUUUUACCUUUGUUAAUCCUGAAUUUACACCAAUUGUGCGUUGAUGCGUUUAAUUAAAGCAAACUGAAACUUGCAAUAUAUAUUAUAAAGAAAUGAAUUUUCAAUAAACAUCCAAAGGAUGUCUGCAAAUAUCAAGAGGACACUGGAAAGGGUUAAAAUAGUGAUGAUGCCUGUUAAUGGAUGGUGAUGAGGAAUGAAGCCAAAUGAUGUUAUUAUCAAAUUGAUUGAAUAUGUAUAGACACUCAACAUUCUCACACACUUUGAACACUUCACCAAAAAAAAGCAAACGGAAAAUACUUACUCACAGAAGCACAAUUAAAAGGCCAAAUAAUGUUACGUCUUGGUAAUUUAUGUAUAUUUAUUGACAUUAUUGCUAUUACUAUAUCAUUAUUUUAUACACCAUCAGACAUGGAAAUACUUACAAUGCACUUAUGAAAGGAAAAAGAUGACACAAGUUAAAAAAAGCUGGUUAAAGAAGGACAAGCAAAAUGAUAAAGACAUGAAGAAUGAACAAAUAUAUAAUAUAAUAUAAUAUAUAUAAAUAUAUACUCAUCUAAAAGACAAUAUGAAUAUACAGCAAAUUAUGUGUCCAUGAUGUUUGAGGAGCAAUUUGUUGACACAUUUCAAAUUUACUCAUAUAAUUAAUUACAUAAUUAUGCAUACAUUAUGCUGAUAAUAAUACACAACUAUACAUUUAUAAAUACUAUCAUUAUAAUUGUUUACGCAAACAGUCACUUCCACCUAAACAUGUAAUGAUAUUAUUAAUAACUGUUCUUGUUUUAUUUCCUUUCCUCUUUUGUUUUCACCAGUUACACCAUUGUUCACUGUAAAUCCCAAUCCACCUUCUUGCAUCUCUAAUUAUUAACGUCAUUUUUCCCUUUCCAUUAACCUGAUCACAUCAUGAUGUUGAUCAAAUUUCUUGUUAUUGUUAUUAUUUUAAGAUCUGAAUCUUUAUUUAAUCAUCAAACAAACCAAAUGAAAUCUCACUCGGUACUGACAGCACCAAUGAUGGACCAAACCUCAUCACCAAUUCACAAAAUUUAAACCUUGUUGCUAUAAAAUUGUUUUUUUUCAAUUGUAAAACCUGUUAUAUUGGGUUCAGAUGAAACUCACGACGAUUAUUUUGUUGAUCACAAGUGAUGUUAUCAUUCUAACCGUGAAAAGACUUGAAUCAAGCAGCCAUUAAAAGACUGCUAAAUGCUAAUGCGAACAAUUUAAAGAUGAUUGUAACAAUCGGAAAAGAAGAGCAGGAAAUGAAUUUUGAAUUUCAAACCAAACGCAUAACAAAAUUUGAUAAAUUUCAUUUUUGAUUGUAAAUAAAAGUAAAAGCAUAAAGUCAAAACUAA